GAGAAAAGAGGGGAGGUGGAAAGCUAACAAAGGGAAGACGUCGGCAGAGAGAGAGCAGGAGAUAAAGAGAAGAGAGCGUUACUGCUCGCCUCCGAAUAAACACAGUCAGGAAAAUGCACGCAUGUGUGGAAGGGGAAGUGAGGGAGAGAGUAAGACGAGGAGGGUAGGGCUGAAAGGGAGAAUAGAAGGAGGGCUACUCUCAGUAUCAUCUGACAGGAGAGAGGCUGAUCCCCGAUAGCAGGUGUUGGAGCGUAGAGAGACUGAGUCAGACGCACACAGGGAGCGAUACGUAGAGGAACACCAAGUUGUUGAGGAGAAGAGACUGAGUUGCAAGUGAGGCACUGCACACAGGAAACAAGAUGGAAGGAUUCCUGGUAUAUCUGAUGAAGUAGAGCCCUCACUAGCACACUCCCACCCUCCAUUUCCUCUUCCCUCACUUACAAAGGGUUGCAGAAUGGAUGAGCAAAGAUGCCCCCUCCCUCCCCCCCUCAAAACAGAAGAGGACUACAUCCCUUAUCCCAGCGUUCAUGAGGUUCUUGGUCGCACUAGCCCUUUCCCACUCAUCCUGCUGCCCCAGUUUGGAGGCUACUGGAUCGAGGGGACCAAUCAUGAGCUUAAAAACCCACCGGAGGCUGAUCAACCCCCCUGUCCUACCUCCCACAUCAAACUGGAGACAAAGAGCACCGCCAAGAUCUACAGGAAGCAAUUCAUGGGCAAGGAACACUUUAAUUAUUACACCAUGGAUGCAGCCCUGGGCCACUUGGUCUUUUCCAUGAAGUAUGAUGUCAUUGGGGAUCAGGAGCAUCUGCGCUUGAUGCUUCGCACAAAGAUAAAAACAUACCAUGAUGUGAUUCCCAUUUCCUGUCUUACCGAGUUCCCUAAUGUGGUUCAGAUGGCCAAGCUUGUUUGUGAAGAAGUAAACGUGGAUAGGUUUUAUCCUGUCCUCUACCCAAAGGCAUCCAGGCUCAUUGCUACCUUUGAUGAGCAUGUGAUCAGCAACAACUUCAAGUUUGGGGUUAUUUAUCAAAAGUUUGGCCAGACAACAGAGGAGGAGCUGUUUGGGAACAUGGAAGAAAGCCCUUCCUUUGUCGAGUUCUUGGAGUUUCUGGGCCACAAGAUUGAGCUUCACGACUUCAAAGGAUUUCGGGGUGGGUUGGAUGUCACUCAUGGACAGACAGGGACAGAAUCUGUCUACACAAAUUUCCAUAAUAUGGAGAUUAUGUUCCAUGUGUCCACCAAGCUGCCUUACACAGAGGGAGACUCACAGCAGCUGCAGAGGAAGAGGCACAUAGGCAACGACAUUGUAGCCAUAGUGUUCCAGGAGGAGAACACGCCCUUUGUACCAGACAUGAUACAGUCCAACUUCCUGCAUGGGUAUGUGGUGGUGCAGGUGGAGAACGCGUGCACAGACAAUGUCACCUACAAGGUGUCUGUGACAGCGCGGGAUGAUGUACCUUUCUUUGGGCCGGCUCUGCCUAACCCUGCAAUCUUCAAAAAGGGCCCAGAGUUCCGCGAGUUCCUCUUCACCAAGCUCAUCAAUGCAGAGUACGCCUGCUACAAGGCUGAGAAGUUUGCCAAACUUGAGGAGCGCACACGUUCAGCCCUGUUGGAGACUCUGUACGAGGAGCUGCACAUAAACAGCCAGUCCAUGAUGGGUCUGGGUGGAGACGAAGAUAAGCUGGAGAACGGGGCCGCUGGAGGGGGGGGAGGCUUCUUUGAAUCCUUUAAGCGGGUCAUCCGCAGCAGAAGCCAGUCUAUGGACGCCAUGGGCCUCAGUAACAAGAAGUCACACACAGUCUCCACUAGUCACAGUGGCAGCUUUACCCACAAUCCCGCAGAGAGCCCCAAAACCCCAGGGAUUUCAUUGCUUGUUCCAGGGAAAAGUCCCAGUAAAUAUGGACGCCGAGGCAGUGCCAUAGGGAUAGGAACAAUAGAAGAGUCAUUGAUCAUUCCUGGGAAAAGCCCAACCAGGAAAAAGUCUGGACCCUUCAGUUCCCGUCGCAGCAGUGCCAUUGGCAUCGAGAACAUCCAGGAGGUCCAAGAGAGGAGCCGAGAGGUGUCACCCAGCACCCAGAGGACCCCAGAGGGCAGCCUCUUUUCGCAGUCCGACAACUCCUCCAAUCACAGCUCUCCAGAAUUCCCUGCUACUAAGAACAGUUUGGCGAUGUGUUGCAGGGCGCCAUCCAUCCCCGAGGCUCAGGACCUUUCCCGCUCCUCCUCCACCGCCAGCAGCUUUGCCAGCGUAGUGGAGGAGCACGAGAACGAGCACGAGGCGGAGGACGAGUACGACACUGGACAGGAAAGUGUGUCUUGUGUUACGCCACUCAAGGGAGACUCAUUUGUGUACAGCUCUGCGGUGGAGGACAGUGCCUGCAGUACCAGCCAGGGAAGUUUCCCAGCAGCGUCUCGUCUUCAGCAGCAACCAGAUGGAAUGAAGACAUCAGAGCCAAAGGGAACAGACAGCCGGCCUAAGCCAGAGCGCCCCUCACAGCAGCACAAGUUCUCAUCGCAUUCCCAUAAGAGGCACCAUUUACCAAAACAAGCCAAGGGCAUGUGAACUCCACCACUGACGCAGAAGAGGAGUAGAGUCAGAAGCCAGAUCUCAGAGACUGGUAGAUCUUCCUUUGUAUGUUUGGCAUGGAUCUGCUGCCUGUCAUGACAGACACCCAGCUCCAUGGACAUGUUACUACCUAUCGGCCUCAUUCCAGCUCCAUGUGGAACCCUUCUUGAAUGCUCGAGGCAAAGGAAAAGAGACGUCCACACCCAUACAGCAUCACUACUGACACUACUGUCGUCCGUCAGUCUUAAGUCUGGCUGCUUACUAACUUUCAGGCCAGGACAUUUUGAACCCUAAUUCUUACUGUAAACACUCAAAUGUUGUCCUCUUUAAGAGAUCAGGAUUUGAACAGGGGUUUAAUCUUCUAAAGAAAUCGAGACCGAUCAAAAAACUGGUUUAUUUAGCUUGUGAAACAGUCUAUAGAGGAGAGUUGCACUAGAGAGAAAAAUGUUUUUUUAAUGUCAACCUCACAUCCCACUGUGAUAUUGUACAUGGGUUAAACUUUGAUGUGUGUGUGUGUGUGUGUGUGUGUGUGUGUGUGUGUGUGUGUGUGUGUGUGUGUGUGUGUGGCUGUGUGUGUGUGUGUGGCUGUCUGUCAGGGCUGUUUUUUGUGUUUUAUUGAUUUAUUAUUCUGAGUAUUCUGCAGUGGAUAUUUGUCGUGUUUUACGACAGCUUUGGAAAAUCUGUCAUGUUUUUAAUGGAGGGUACUCCUGUGCUGCUGUUGUUGGUGGCUGUAAUAGCAUAAUAGCAUCAAUCGCCUUCCUCCUGGUGGGGGGGAAUAAAAAAGAAAAUGCAUUUGCAAUUUUUAAAUUCAAAAUUUUAUUGUACAGUGUCUGUAACAAAACAUAUUUUAAAUAACUGUAGACUCUAUUGAUGCUUUAUAGUUAAGAGUAUAAAGCAUAAUUAUGGUAAUGCCCCAACCAGCAACAUGCAUUUCCAGUCCCCACUUCAAGGUACUGCUGUUUAGACCUUUGUCUCCAAAUACUCUUUGUCAUGCACCACUUGUUGAUUUGAUGUCUGUGCACAAGUGUGUGUAUACAAUGGUACUGUGCAUGGUGUAAAUUUGCUUGCCAAAAGCCUCUCCUCUGUACACUGGUGCCAGGUGUUGUCCCUGUGAUUUGUGUUUCAUUGAAAACCAGCCAACAUCUCCAGAUACAGUGCACAUUGCUGAUAGAGAGCCAAAUACCAGUUUCUUACUUUGUUUGUAAAGUGUAAUAUGUAUGUGACUUAAAGCGCUAAAUUUUUAGAGUUACUUCCGAAAAGCUGACCCUUUU